AAUCGAAGGAAGGAUGUUUGGGCACCCGCAGCUGCUGGGAGAUGAGGUUACAGCGCAAAGCUAAACAAAGAUCUCUGCGAGAAGGAAAUCGAUCCCUCCCGCCUCACUGUAAGGCAGGAGCCGCGCAGUAGCUGCUUGACAUCAUCAGGAUGAGCAUUGGAUUACAGCGGCGGGGACUCGCUUGGCGAGAGGAGGAGAACACGCCCCUCGGCCCCAGAAGUGCAACUUCAUUUAGCAGCUCUUAGCACAAGGAAACUGCAAGUCUGAAACUGGCUGUGACUAACCUGGCUGGCUCGGCUGCUCGCCGUACCCGGCGCGUACGCUCGGAGGGUUUCUCCGAGCCCCCAUUUCUUUGCCGGCAGCGGGACUUGGUAACCUGGGAUUCAAGCAGCAGCCGGAGCCUCGGUGUGUCGAAGUUGCUGCCCUGCUGCAUAUGAAGCUUAUUUGAAGUCAUGUCCAGAAGGAAAGUCAACUAAAUCAGGGAUUUGCAGGCGUAUGGAAAUGCAAGACCAGCAAUGGAGGUAGAGUCCACCACAUACACUGACUUUAUUUCCUGUGAUCGUUCUGGUCGGAGGAACGCUGUGCACGAUAUCCAAGGAGAUGCGACUGCUAUUAGCAUGCGCAAGCUGACAGGGGACAUAAGUGACCUCUCCAUCGAAGGAGCAGAAAGCCAAGCAGAUGCCACUUCUUCUGAGAAGGAACCUGGAGCAAGACCAAAGGGGCAAGACAACAGCCCCUCCCCAUGAGAGCGUGCAGGGGGUGGGAUGGGGCAGGAGGAGGGACUUGCUGUAAGCCUUAAACAAGAAUUUACUGUUGAAUCUGCAGACAAAAGCCAACAUGGAACGACAAGUGCUCUGUCAAAUGCCUCUGCUGCAACCAUUUGGUUCAGAGAGCCGCAGGAUGCUGUGCAAGGACUGGCACCUCCAAAAGACUUCUGCUCCCAUCCCUAACAACUUAGAACAACACUGCAGUGGUUGUAGUGAUAUGAGCCAUUCUCAAGAUGCCUUAGCUGCAAUUUUCCUCUCUAGGAAAACACAAUUUCAGUAAUAAUAUACACAGACUUUCCUGUCCAAGGUACCUUCUUACUUCAUAAAUUUAGACUAUUAUUUAUUCUCUGUUUCCAUAGAUUAGGAGCUUAGAUUUUGGGGUUUUCUAAGCAUCACAUUCAUUUUGCAUCUUAGAUCUGAACUGGCCCCUGGACUGUCCGCGUAGCCCCUAGUCACGGUGGGCAGUGGGGAAGGGACCCGGCCAGUCCUGCCGUGUUCACGUCAAGCACCACUCACCUGUACUGCUGCCACUUAGCGAUCAGAAAAGGACCAAAGUGCAGACGUGUGGACGAGCUCCACCUACAGACCCAGCAGCAUCAGCCACAGGCAUCUUUUUCUUUGGGUUUUAGCAUUUUAAGGUAUUGUUAAGGGGAGGGGAGGGGAGAAAAAUUUUGCUGUUUUGACUGUUGAAAUUGAGGCUUACCCAUGAAAGCUGUUAGCUGAGAAGUGUUUAUCUCUGGAAAGAUCUCACCCCAUUCUCUUUUAGGAGACAUGUUUUGUGUUAAAGACAGUUUGAUAAAACUAUAUAAGCUGUUGGAAUAAAUAACACACAGCCUUCAAGUAUUGAAGUUGAAGGUG